CAGGAGUUGGUGCGGGGAUCCGGCGUGGCUGCGCGCUCCUCGGGGAGUCAUGGCAGCCGGGGCUGGGGGUCGCCGGGUGGCGGCGCGGCGGAGGGGCUGAGCCGGUCGGGUCGCGGGCUGCGCCAUGGAGGCGCCGGGUUGCGGACCCUGAGCGCCGGUGGUGGGCGCGCACCAUGAACUCGUGGGACGCGGGGCUGGCAGGGCUGCUGGCGGCCACGAUGGGCGUUUCACUGUUGUCCAACGCGCUGGUGCUGCUCUGCCUCCUGCACAGCGCCGACAUCCGCCGCCAGGCCCCUGCGCUCUUCACCCUGAACCUCACGUGCGGCAACCUGCUGUGCACCGUGGUCAACAUGCCUCUCACGCUGGCUGGCGUCGUGGCGCAGCGGCAGCCGGCCGGCGACCGCCUGUGCCGCCUGGCCGCCUUUCUGGACACCUUCCUGGCCGCCAACUCCAUGCUCAGCAUGGCCGCGCUUAGCAUCGACCGCUGGGUGGCCGUGGUCUUUCCGCUGAGCUACCGUGCCAAGAUGCGCCUCCGCGACGCGGCGCUCAUGGUGGCCUACACGUGGCUGCAUGCGCUCAGCUUCCCUGCUGCCGCGCUCGCCCUGUCCUGGCUUGGCUUCCACCAGCUGUAUGCGUCGUGCACGCUGUGCAGCCGGCGCCCAGACGAGCGCCUGCGCUUCGCCGUCUUCACCAGCACCUUCCACGCGCUCAGCUUCCUGCUCUCCUUCGUUGUGCUCUGCUUCACGUACCUCAAGGUGCUCAAGGUUGCCCGCUUCCACUGCAAGCGCAUCGACGUGAUCACCAUGCAGACGCUCGUGCUGCUCGUGGACAUCCACCCCAGUGUGCGGGAACGCUGUCUGGAGGAACAGAAGCGGAGGCGGCAGCGAGCCACCAAGAAGAUCAGCACCUUCAUAGGGACCUUCCUCGUGUGUUUUGCCCCUUACGUCAUCACCAGGAUGGUAGAGCUCUUCUCCACGGUGCCCAUCAGCUCGCACUGGGGGGUGUUGACCAAGUGCUUGGCCUACAGCAAGGCCGCGUCCGACCCAUUUGUGUACUCCUUGCUGCGACACCAAUACCGCAAGACCUGCAAAGAGAUUCUGAACAGGAUCCUCCACAGACGUGCCAUCCGUUCCUCGGGCCUCGCAGGUGACUCUCACAGCCAGAACACGCUGCCGCUGUCCGAGUGA